UUAUAGACAAAGGAAGCAGCUGUGCAGGAGGGACAGGAGUGGAGAUUGGUAUCUGCGGUCAAGAAUUCAAGGGGAUAGGCGUCUACUGAAGCCAGCCUUUCCGAGCAAGCCGCACAGGAAGACGACAUCUUCCGCUCCGUUGCUGAGGCUGUGGCAAGAGUCAAUCAAUUUACAAAGAACGACUUCAUCGGCUAACCUCCGCUUGAUUUGCGCAACGACGUACGGUGAGCGCAUUGCGGUGAUAGCCUUUUCUCCCUGAGGAAGCGUUGAAUAAGAAGUCAAGAUGGGAAAGUCACAAUCAAAACUCUCGCAAGAGCAGCUCAAUGAGCUUCAACGAUCCACACAUUUCGACAAGAAGGAGUUACAGCAAUGGUACAAAGGUUUCCUGAAGGACUGUCCCACGGGCAUGCUCACCAAAGAGGAGUUCCAAAAGAUAUACCGCCAAUUCUUCCCCUUCGGAGACCCGUCCUCCUUCGCCGACUACGUCUUCAACGUCUUCGACAGCGACAAGUCCGGCUCGAUCGACUUCAAGGAGUUCAUCGUUGCACUCAGCGUCACGAGUAGGGGCAAGAUGGAGGACAAGCUAGAUUGGGCGUUCCAGCUCUACGAUAUCGAUGGCGAUGGAAAGAUCAGCUAUGAUGAGAUGUUGGCUAUCGUUGAGGCCAUUUACAAGAUGGUCGGCUCAAUGGUCAAGCUCCCCGCUGACGAGGACACGCCCGAGAAGCGCGUCAAAAAGAUCUUUCGCAUGAUGGACAAGGACGAGAACGGCAGUCUGGACAUGGAAGAGUUCAAGGAGGGCAGCAAGCGCGAUGAGACCAUCGUAUCUGCGCUCUCGCUUUACGAUGGCCUUGUCUGAUUUUCUUCUUCUUAGAUCCCCACCUUGAGUAUUUAGCCAUCGCCACUCCUAGGUUAGACUUGGCGUGGAGGCAGUCUCGGAUUGAAAAACGGGGCGGGCUCUCAAAAGGCUUUGGAUGUUUCUCCUCUUUUUGUUGUUGUAUCCCCGCAUUGUGGACGGACGGAUUGAUGUCAGGAGGGAUGGCUUUUGGAGCAAUGAGAAGCGAAUUGGAGGGAUGAACGAGAUAUGUUGAUGGGUUAGAUACGUUUUAGGGAGGGAUGUGCUGAUGAGGAAUGAAGAAUAUGCAAUGCACGAGAGCGUAAGAACCUACUGCCUGCUUUCGAUCUUCU